GGAAAAGUUCGCGUGCGGGCACGGACACGAUACAACACUCAGUGAAUUGCAACAUUUUCUACAGCAAUUUCCCAUCGAAAUUGCACCAGCUUCCAGUGCACUUUUAUUCCAUCAAAACCUCCAAAUUCAUUCUCCAGAGGCUACCAACGGUUCACCCAACAUGGUGGAGUCCUCCAACACGAACCUCUCCCCCGACGAUGUGGUGAUAUCAGGCAUGUCCGGGUACUUCCCCAACAGCCGGAACAUCGAGGAAUACAGCAGGGCCCUCUACAACAAGCAACUCCUGGUCACUCCCAAUCGCAUCAAAUCGGACAUCCCCGACUUCCCCAAGCGCAUGGGCACCCUCAGGGAACUCGACCAAUACGACGCCGGCAAUUUCGGCGCCCAUUGGCGCAUAGCCAACUUCGCCGAGCCGACGUUGAGGUUCGCCUACAUGGCCGUCUACGAGGCCAUCUUGGACGCCGGCAUGAACCCGUCGGAUUUGCAGAACCGAAGGGUCGGGUUCUUCUCGGCCGCCUGCAUGAUGGGCGAGAGCGAGGUGUGGCUGAAGACCCAUCCGAAGCGGCAGUUUCCCUUCUACGGGCUGACGCGGUACUCCCUGGGCGCCAGAAUGUCCUACAUCUACAAGACCAAAGGCCCGGUGGUGUCCUCCGACUCGGCCUGCAGCAGCUCCACCAACGCCAUCGACUUGGCCUUCAAGGAAUUGAACACCGACAACUGCGACACGGCCUUCGUCAUCGGCUGCAACUCCUGCCUGCGCGAGGGCUCCACGCUCCAGUUCCUGCGGUUGGGGGUGUUGAACACGUGCGGCAUCUGCAGGAGCUUCGACGCGAAGGCCAACGGCUACGUGAGGGCGGAGGCGGUGUGCGUGCUGGUGCUGCAGAAGGCCCGGCUGGCCAGGAGGGUGUACGCGCAGGUGGUGGCGGUGAAGUCCAACUGCGACGGGUACAAGGAGCAGGGCAUCACCUAUCCGUCGGGCGACGACCAGCGGGCGCUGUUCGAGGAGACGUUCGGCGAGUUGGGCGCGAAGCCGGAGAGCCUGAGCUACAUCGAGGCGCACGGAACCGGUACUACUGUGGGCGAUCCGGAAGAAUGCGCAGCUAUCGACAGCUUCUUUUGCAAGAACAGAAAAACACCGCUGCCCAUAGGAUCGGUAAAAUCGAGCAUAGGACACACCGAGCCGGCUUCGGGAGUAUGUUCGGUGGUGAAGGUGCUUCUGAGCUUCGAAACCGGCUUCGUAUCGCCCAACGUGAACUUCGACGCCCCCAAUCCCAAGAUCACCAGCAUCGUGGACGGCAGAUUGAAGGUCAUCACCGACACGAUGAAGAUCGAAGAGGACCUACCACUCGUCGCCAUCAACAACUUCGGCUUCGGGGGCAGCAACGUGCACUUGUUGCUGAGGCCCUUCCAACCGUUGAGGAUCAAAGGCGACGACAUCGAAACGCCCCGAUUGGUCUUCGUCAGCGGCAGAUCGGAGGAGGCCGUGGACUGUCUAUUGGACGACAUCCGAAGCCAUCUAGACGUCGAUCAGAUCAAAUUGUACCACAGCAUAUUUUGCAAAUACCUGCCGAGUCACGCGUACAGGGGUUACACGAUAGUUUCGAAAACCGGGGAACUACAGAGGGCGUUGUACACCGUAAAAGCGUUGAAAGUACCACCGUUGGUACUCUCCUUCGGCGAGUACGCCUCCUGGGAGGCGGAUUUCCACCGGUUUAUGUCCGUACCGACCUUCAGCGAGACCAUUCGAAGAGCCGAGAGAAUACUGGGCGAGCUAAAACCGCCUCUAAACGAGGCCAUUUUGGGACGGGACGGCGACGCGAGGCGGCGAUAUUCCAUCGCGGGCGGCCUAAUCGCGCAGGCCGCGCUAGCGGACGCGUUAAAGGCUCUAAAUAUGAACGUAAAGGUCGCAAGAGGGCGCUCUUAUGGGAUGCUAAUAAGGGCUUAUUACGACGACGAUUUGACGUUAGAGCAAGUCGUUAGAGCCGGUCUGGUUCUCAACGAGCACGUCAACGAAACCGCCUCGCCGAAGAUGGGACAACCUGUAUCUUCCAAAGAAGUGGAAUUGGCGUUUAACACUAACAGAAACGGACUGGUGAAGAAUUUACGAACUGUUCUACCUAAAGCUUUAUCGGACGGAUUUAUCGAUGAAAUAUUGAAAAGAAACCACGAAAUGUAUGGAAAAUCCAUCGAAACCCAAUGCGUAAUUUUCGAAAUAGGCGAAAGCAAUUUAAAAGACGCCAUCAAGACCUUCGAAAAUGUCCAAUUGUACAAUUUCCGCGAUUUCCAGAGUUUCCUAGAAUGCCUGGGAAACCUCUAUUUCGUCGGGCACUCGUCCAGCCUGGACCGAUUGUACCCGAAGAUCGAGUUCCCGGUGCGCAGGGGAACCCCCAUGAUAUCCAGCAAGAUCAAGUUCAACAAGAAAAAAUGGUGGAUAUUCGAGGAAACGAUGAUGACGGGCCGCAAGGCCAAUAAAUUCUACCACGUUGACACCACCAAGGUGGCCUGGCAAUACGUCACAGGCCACGUGAUAGACGGCAGGAACCUCUUCCCCGCCUCCGGCUACCUCCACCUGGUCUGGAACAGCCUCACCGGCUGGGGCCUCAGGUUCCAAUCGAUCGUCUUCGAGGACUGCCGCUUCAUCCGCGCCACCACCCUCAACAACCAAGGCGUCUCCUUCAAGAUCCAAUUCAGCCCCAGCGGCCGGUUCGAGAUCUCCGAGGGCGGCUCCCUCGUCGUCUCCGGCAAGAUGUUCAUCAACAAGGACGGCAACGAACCCCUCGCCCCCCUCCGACCGCCCCCGCCCGCCGACAAAGUCGUCACCUCCAAGGACAUCUACAAGGAACUGCGAUUGAGAGGCUACAAUUAUAGUGGCGGCUUUAGGGGGCUGCGAGACGCCCGAAUCGACGGUACCGCGAGUACCGUGGUGUUCAAACACAACUGGGUGACGUUCCUGGACAAUCUGUUCCAACUGAAGAUCCUGUCGCAGGACUCCAGGCAGCUGUACGUGCCGACGUUCAUCGAAAAGAUCACCAUCAACUGCAACGAAUUCUUCAAGGAGAUCAAAGCCGACACCGACGAUGAACAGUUGCUGGAGGCCUUCUACUGCAAGGACACGGAUUGCAUAAGGACGCUGGGAGUGGAAAUCAAAGGUCUCCACGCCAGCGCCAUACAGAGAAGGAAGAACCUGAGGAUACCGGUACUGGAAUCGUACGAUUUCGUACCGAACCACGACGUUCGUUUGAGCUACGAGGAAUCAAUGAGGGUGAACACGCAGAUCGUGCUCGAGAACAGCAGGUUUCAGAGCGUCAAAGUCGUGGAAAUCGUCGACGAGGAAACUGCCGAGGAACCGACGGUGCUGUCGGAGAUGAUCGUGCAAUCGUUCCAGGACCAACCGUUGAUCCAGGCCAACGCGACCGUUCUGAGCCCGAUGACUUUGACCACGACGAUCAACGUGGAGAACAGAAGCAUCGAGGAGGAGAAAGACUGCGAAUUGAUCGUGGCGUCGAAGCUUCUACAACGACCAGAACUGUUGAAGAACGCCUUGAACUCGCUCAAAACCAAAGGUUUCCUCAUAUCCAGAGAACCAUUAGGCUUCAACCCCAAAUCCUUAACAGACGAUAAAAUAACGCUAGUAACAACCCACCACACCGAUAGAGAAACUCUGGUACUGUUGAACAAAACCGAGACCAAACCACCAGCGACCUACGUAGAGCUCGACGACGAAGAGGAAUUCGCCUGGUUGCCCCAACUCCAAGCGACUAUGAAAGAGUCCAACAACGUGGUGGUUUACUCCCAGAACGACCCGACCAACGGCAUACUGGGCUUCACCAAUUGCCUGGUGAGAGAGCCUGGCUGCGGUCACGUCCGGUGCGUGGCCAUCUUGGACGACGGAGUGGCCUUCGAGCCAAGCUCCGAGCUGUUCGCGAACCAGCUGAGGAAGAACCUCACGGUGAACGUGUACAAAAACGGCCGAUGGGGCACCUACAGGCACCUGCUGUUGGACGAGGACCAGAAGACGGACAACGAACACUAUCUGGCCAAGAUCAUGGUGCGAGGAGAUUUGUCCACGUUCAAAUGGGUGCAGGGACCUUUGAGCCUCAACGCGCCUCUCAAAGCCGACGAGACUUUGGUUCGGAUCAACUACUCGUCGAUCAACUUCAAAGACAUCAUGACGGCCACGGCGAAGCUGAACCUGGACAGCGUGCGCACCGAUCGCUUCCAGGACACCAUCGAAGGCUUCGAAUUCUCCGGAGUAGACCAAAAGGGGCGGCGCGUGAUGGGCCUGAAGAUGGGCGGGCUGUCCAACAUGGUGGCGGCCGACGUGCACUUCACCUUCCCGGUGCCGGACGAUUGGACGCUGAAGGAGGCGGCGUCGGUGCCGAGCGUCUACAGCACCGUGGUGUUCGCGGUGUUCAUGAGCGGCCGGAUGCAGAAGGGCGACUCGAUCCUGAUCCAUUCGGGGAGCGGCGGCGUCGGCCAGGCCGCCAUCCACCUCUGCCUCCGCUACGGCUGCGAGGUGUUCACCACCUGCGGUACCGCCGAGAAAAAGGAGUUCCUGCUGAAGAAGUUUCCCGGAUUGAAACGUUCGCACGUGGGGAACUCCAGGGACACCACCUUCGAGCGGAUGGUGCUGCGCGAAACCGACGGCAAAGGCGUGGAUUUGGUGAUCAAUUCGCUGUCGGACGAGAAGCUGAUGGCGUCGGUUAGGUGCCUGGCGACCGGCGGCAGGUUCCUCGAAAUCGGCAAGUACGAUCUCGGCAACAACACGCCCUUGGAUCUGCUCCUGUUGGAGAAGGAAGCCUCGUUCCACUCCAUCUGUCUGGACAACUACUUCUACCAGACGACGCCCAUGAAGGAAAAGUUGAAAAACCUGCUGAACGAUUGCAUCAAACAAGGCCUCGUGAAGCCUUUGGACGUGACCGUUUUCGACGUCCACGACAUAGAGCAAGCCUUCAGGUUCAUGACCAGCGGCAAGCACAUGGGAAAGGUCCUCAUAGAGAUCCAACCGGAGGGAGCGCCGCUCAAACAAAUCGUCAGCAAUCCCAGGUGGUUCUGCACGCCGAACAAGUCCUACGUGAUCCUCGGCGGUCUCGGCGGCUUCGGCCUGGAGCUGGCCGACUGGCUGAUCCUGCGCGGCGCCACCCACUUGGUCCUGUCGUCGAGGAGCGGCCCGAAGAACGGCUACCAAAUGAGCCGGGUGCGGCGCUGGCGCGACGACUACGGCGUCGCGGUGCUGAUAUCGCGCGCCGACGUCUCCACCAAGCAGGGCUGCGAGGAACUGAUCGCCCAGGCGAACGCCGCGGCGCCGGUGGGCGCCGUCUUCAACCUCGCCGUGGUGCUGCGCGACGCCAUCUUCGACAACCAAUCGAUGGACUCGUUCAAGACGUCGUUCGCGCCGAAAGCGCGCGCCGCUCGCUACCUGGACGAGAUCACCAGGAGGUCGUGUCCGGAGCUGGAACAUUUCGUGAUAUUUUCGUCGGUGUCCUGCGGUCGAGGCAACGCCGGCCAAACCAACUACGGCAUGGCCAACUCGGUGAUGGAGAGGAUCUGCGAGCAACGCAGGAGCAUCGGCUUACCGGCUGUAGCCAUACAAUGGGGCGCCAUCGGAGAUGUCGGUCUGGUGGCGGAUUCGCGCGAGGACGACGGCAAAGAGAUCGCCAUCGGCGGUUCGCUGCAACAGAAGCUGUCCAGCUGUCUGCAGGUGAUGGACCUGUUGCUCACCCAAGGCCGAUCGGCCGUCGUCUCCAGCGUGGUGGUGGCGGAGAAACGGAGCGCCUUCGGCGGCGAGAACAUGUCCGAGGCCAUCGCGAACAUACUCGGACUGGACCUGAAGACCGUGCAGAACACGCAGACGUUGGCCGAGCUCGGCAUGGACUCGAUGACCACCGUGGAGAUCAAGCAGAUGCUCGAAAGGGAGCAGGGCGUGUUCCUGUCGGCGAAGGAUAUCAGAACGUUGACGUUCGGAAGGAUAAAAGAGCUGGAAGAGGAGAAGAGCAACAGCGACAAGCAGGGGCAAAACGAGGACAUCGUCGGCAAAAGCAUAAGUUACCUGUUGGAAGCGGUAACGAAGGAUUCACCGAUGCAAGUGCAACUGCAAUUGGAAUCCAACGCUCCGGCUGGGGACGCCAAAGUUCCGGAAAUCAUCAUGAUACCCGGCAUCGAAGGGAUCACCACCAUCUUGGAGCCGCUGGCGAAGAAACUGGACGCGCGCGUCACCGCGUUCCAGUUCGAUUUCGAGCAUCCCGCCGACAAUGUUCCCGAUAUGAUCCAGAACGAAAUCGAGUAUAUCCAGAGCAACUUCGAUCGCAGCAAACCGGUGUGCAUCGUCGCCCAUUCCAGCGGAACGAUGCUCGCCCUGGAAAUCGUCCAUCGUCUGGAACAAAUCGGCUACCAGUUCAAUUUGAUUUGCUGCGACGGUUCCACCACCUUUACCAAGCAAUUGUUGCCUUCGACCACCGACGGGGACUUCGACACGGCCUUCUUGCUCAGAUCUUUGGACUAUUUCCUCACGUUGGAGAUCAAAGAAGCCAUCAUGCAGAAGACCACAUUGAGCGAGAAAACGGAAGUGGCCUGUGACCUGAUAGCCCCGAUGAUGAAGAUCACCAAGGAGCAAUUGAAGAAACUCCUGGGGGCGUUUAUGAAGCGAGGAAAGGCGUUCAACGAUUUCGACGGGAAAUAUUCGUUGAAAUCGAAGGUGACGCUGUUGAAGGCCAGCACGAAGGUCGUCGCGGCGCUGUCUGACGAUUACAAUUUAGGCGAAUAUUGCGGGGCGGCCGUGCAAACGAUCGAAAUCGAAGGAGACCACGUUUCGAUGCUCUACAACGAUCGGGUGGCUGCGUUUAUUAACUCUGUUGCGCUUAAUUAGGAUUUCAAUAAAUGUUCUAAUAAUAAUUAA